AUGUUGCUGGAAGAUCAGAGAUUCGCGCAUGAGGAUCUUGAAAGGCUGGAGCAGGGAAUCAGCGACAGGAUAUCGGAAGAGCCACGGAAUAUACGAGAGCGCUUAACUAGAGAUCACCAGAUUGCCGAAUUUCUUGAUCGAAUACAGGGACAAUCGCAGCGACUUCUUGACAUCUACAAAGAUGCUGACGGGCUUCGAGCGAAGGAGGUCCAAGAUAUCUCGACGGGUGACCCAUUCGAGGAGUUUUAUAAACAUCUUGAAGAAAUAAAGGAUUUUCAUCGCCGAUACCCUAAUGAACCUGUGGAGAACUUGGAGCGAGCGUACAAGAGAAGGCAUCCGGGGGAAGGCGAUCUUUACACAUCGGAGAUUGAGCAUAUGUUCACUGGAGAGGAAUCAUACGGACAAUUCUUCGACCUGACCAUGAUUCAUGAAGAGUAUCUGAAUCUGCCCGGAGUCAAAAGAUUGACCUACCUCCAAUACCUCGACCAGUUUGACGUAUUUACACAGCCACAACUCCCGGUUAAACGGGAAAAUAAACUAACGGAUAAGUAUUUCAAAUACGUGGAGCACCUCGCUAGCUACCUGGAAAAUUUCAUCAAGCGAAUCAAACCUUUAGAACCUCUGGACGAGCUUUUUGCAAAACUUGACAAGGAGUUCGAACAGCUGUGGGAAGCGAACCAGGUCCCUGGCUGGGGCGAGGAAGACAUGACGGCAUCGGCACCGAAAACCGAAGGGACCGGUGAAGGUAUCUGGUGCGCUGAUUGUGAAAAAGAGUUCAAGAACGAAAAUGUUUACCGGAACCACUUGACUGGUAAGAAGCAUCUUCGAGCUGCAGAGGCAAAGAAGGCAUCCGGCGCUACCCCCGAUGCAAACAGCCGACCCAAUGGGAUGGGAGCUGCCGUACAUCGUCUGAAAGAGAAGGCGAUUGCCGAACGUGAACAUCGGAUCCGUUCGCUUGCUAGGGUGCUCCAGGAUGAGAGGCAAGCGACGCGUGUCAACGUCGAGAGAAAGCAGGGAAUGACAGAACGGGAACGGCAGAUGGAGCUUGAGGCACUCAUGGGUGAUACAGCUGAUAUGGGCCCCCUUCGACGAGAAGAAGAGUCCGACAGCGAGGGUGAGGAAAAGAUAUAUAACCCCCUCAAAUUACCCUUGGCCUGGGAUGGAAAGCCCAUUCCGUACUGGCUGUAUAAGCUGCACGGCCUAGGGGUCGAGUUAUCUUGUGAGAUCUGCGGCAACUUUGUCUACAUGGGCCGGCGCGCCUUUGACAAACACUUUUCCGAAGCUAGGCAUAUUUAUGGCCUAAGAUGCCUUGGAAUCACGCAACAAACGAGUUUGUUUAGAGAAAUCACUAAAAUCGAAGACGCACUACGUCUCUGGGAGAAGCUCGAGCGAGACCGGAAGAAGGAAAAGGAUGCUAGGGAUAAUGUGGUACAAAUGGAGGAUGCCGAAGGGAAUGUUAUGCCAGAGCGUAUUUAUCAUGAUUUGCAAAAGCAAGGUAUCUUAUAA